UGUACCCUGACUAUUGAGUAAGUAAAUACGUAAAUACUUUGGCAGAAGAAUAACAAGGAACUAUUCUACUAGUAUUCGAAUUCUCAAACUUCUCGAGUGUUUUGUUUUCCUAGCUGGCAAUAAAACACAUUUAAACAAAACUUGAGGCCUGCCUUUAUUACUGUUAACGUCUUGUAUCAGUAUGGCUGCUACGGAACCAAUUGAAGUUGGGAAGAAUCGAUACCCCUUUUGCAUUGUUUGGACCCCAAUCCCUCUAAUCACGUGGAUUUUCCCUUUCAUAGGACACAUGGGGAUAUGCACAAGUACUGGAAUUAUUAGGGAUUUUGCUGGAUCUUACCAUGUUUCUGAAGAUCAGAUGGGUUUUGGAGAUCCCACAAAGUAUUUACAACUUGAAAUUUCAAAAGUUCCAGGUGGUGUUUCUGCUUGGGAUCGGGCUGUCCAAGAUGCUUCUGAAGAAUACAAAAGUCACAUGCACAACCUUUUCUGUGAUAACUGCCAUUCACAUGUAGCCCUUGCGUUAAACAAUAUGGCAUAUCCUGGAAAAAGGAAUUGGAACAUGGUUGCUCUAUGUUGGCUGAUGUUAUUUCGUGGGAAACAUAUUGGUUGUUCAGGUUUCUUGAGAACAUGGACCCCAUCUGUUUUCCUUCUUACAAUAAUUGCUGUGAUACUGGUGUUUAUAGCUUAAUGCGUAGAUCCUGCCAAGGAAUGUCUACUGUAAAAUGAGCUGCUUUAAUAAAGUUUUUCAUGAUGUGUGCACAAAAUUACCUAGUAAAGUUGCUCCACAUCAUUAGCUUUCAA